AUGUCCCAUCGUGCGACGGCCGACAGCUACCUCAUCUGGCUGGGCGACAUGAACUUCCGACUCUGCGCUGGGCGCGCCGCACCUGGCAACGCCUUCUCAGAGCUGAGCGAGCCCACGCUCACCUUCAAGCCCACCUACAAGCUGGUGCCGGGCCGGCGCGGCCUGUACGCCACCAGCCGCCGGCCGGCCUGGACCGACCGCAUCCUGUACAAGGUCAACGCGGACGUGUACGAGGAGACACGCCUGACGAUGGAGCCACUCAGCUACCAGAGCCACCCCGAGUACACGGUGUCCGACCACCAGCCGGUCUCCGCCGAGUUCCGCGUCAAGGUGUUCUCUGGCCGGCCGCUGCCUUGCGUGGAGUUCCUGCCCAUCUCUAUGUGGCUGGUGGGCUCCGACUGCGUGGCCAAGUACCGGUGCGACCGCGCCCUGGAGAUCUCCGCCUGGGACUGGAUCGCCCUCUUCAGGGCGAACUUUGCCAGCCUGGACGAGUACAUAUCCUACAUAUGGGCGCCGCGCACCACGUCGUCCCCCAAUUCGGACCACUACGUGGCCGUCUUUCCGGAGGACAGUGUCACCGUGCCAGGCAGUUACGUGCUGGUGUACUUCGGUCGGAACGGCCGCGGCGUGUACGGCAUCAGCGAGCCGUUCGCAGUUCAGUACAGUCACACCGCGCGGCUGGCGGCGCUGGCCAUCG